AUGCCGGAAAAUGAGAAAGAGAGCGGGAUCCUAUCGCCCCCCGCUUUGGUUCACUCGCACGAUUUCUACAGGACCAUGCUGUACCAUCACUGGAGACGUCUUUGCGGGUUCUACCAGCACUAUAACCCUCGCGCCAUGCCCAACUGCCACAAAUGGCUGCGGCAAUGCUCAGGACAUGAGGACGUGCUUUUCGAGGAGCUGAGGCAGAUUUACGGCCCUGAGCCGGCGCACCUCAGUACACUGGAAAAAGCCAGGACGCGUGGGGCGCCCGAUGGCUCGUUUGAGAGUACGGCUGAGGAGGGCAUUCUGUUCCAAGCUUUCUUUGAUGCCAACACCCGCGCAAAGAAGAGUGAGGUGCAUCGUGCUGAGUUGGAAAAGGAGGUGGUAGCCUUCUUGGCGGAGAAGGGCGUCUGCUCCAACGGUGUUUCUGCCCACCUUGUGGACAGCUGCGACGGGGACAGGGAGGUGCUGUUUCGCGCGCUAGAAGGUGUGCUGGGCCGUCAGCGGACACCGUCGUUGCGUGCCGUUCCCCCACUGUCUGUUGAUCUGCUUUCGAGUAGAAGCCACACCGGCGCUGACUGGAGGAAGGCGCCCGGGUUUAUCAGGCAUCGCCUACGGCUUGCAGAUGCUGCAUUCCCUGCAGCUUCAAAUUUUUUGGAGUUGUCGGAGCAGACUUCCCUCGACGCACAUCCCGUGCGGCCCACUGCUGCAGCUCCUGCCUUUGCCACUGUUCGCGUGCCCAGCGGGAGCGUUCAUGGUGGGGCGGUGGGGCAAACAACGCGCCGUUUCUUUGGUGACAGCAACAACACCACUCACGCACGUGGCUGA